CUCAAUGCACCGGCCCUGUCCCUCAUUUUGUAUCUCCGUUGCCUUGCCCCCCCUGCAGCCAAUCUUUCACUCAAAUUUACCUUCUUCUACUUGUCCAUUUUCCAUCCCCAAUUCUUCUUCUUCCUGUCCACUUUUCUUGUUCCUGUCAUGGAUUCUUGCAGUAAAUUAUCAGCUCGAGACUCAUCCACUUCUUCUUCAUCUCCUUUUGAUUGCAUCAUCUUCGAUUUGGAUGACACCUUGUACUCCUCCGAAACGGGAAUUGGAGAAGCCCUUAAACGCAACAUUGACGAUUUUCUGGUGGAAAAAUGCGGAUUCCAUGAAUCCAAAGCUUCCAGCCUCCGCGUCGAGCUCUUCCAAGCUUACGGCAGUUCUCUCGCCGGCCUACGUGCAUUAGGUUACGAUGUCGAUGCAGACGAUUAUCACAGCGUCGUACACGGAAGAUUACCCUACGAUUUGAUCAAGCCUGACCCGCAACUGCGAAAGCUGUUGCUGACUAUCAAACAACGCAAAAUCAUUUUUACGAACUCCGAUAGAGUUCAUGCAAUGAACGCACUGGAUCGUUUAGGAAUUAGAGAUUGUUUCGAACAAAUUAUCUGUUUCGAGACCAUGAAUCCGAACCUCUCCAAGUCGACCCGACCCGAUGAGUUCCCGGUCGUACUGAAACCUUCGUUAGAAGCCAUGAACAUAGCUAUCGAUGUCGCCAAGGUUGAUCCUCGCCGUACGCUUUUUCUUGACGACAGCGUGCGGAAUGUGGCUGCCGGAAAAGCUGUGGGUCUCCGAACAGUCUUGGUUGGAAAAGCAACGAAGAUCGGAGGGGCUGAUUAUGCUUUAGAGACUGUCACAAACCUUGUGCAAGUGAUACCAGAAAUAUGGUUUAAUAAUAUUGGAGAAGAUGACGGAAGAAUCGACGAAGAUGACGAAAGGAUUGGCCGCACUGCAAGCGAAAUGGACUCUGCCUUUGCAAACUACGGCCGUAGGUGCCUAGUCCAAUGGCAAGUCAUGUUCAGGGCCUAACCUUCCGGUUAAUUGAAUUUAGGCCCCUAAGGGCUAAGUGUUUGUGUAUCCAAUCGUACAAUAAAUGUACCCUUACUCUUGUAUUGGGUCUUGUUUUUUGUUUUCUUUUGAAGCAUUGUAUAGGGUCUUGUUGUUCCAUGCAAAUGCUGUUCAUGUUUAUGUAUCUGAGAAAUUAUUUUAUGUAUACAUGAACAAAAUAAAAAUGCUUAAUGUGCACUUUACUAUCGAUAAGGUCCAUGUUAAGACGUAAAAGUGUAAUUAUUUUUCUUUAUUAAGUAUUAUGUCUUCUAA